CUGGCAAGAAGAAAAUACCUCGGAGGCACGAGGACCAGGGACGCAGCCGCAGCCGAGCGAGGGGGAGCCGACCGCUGACUGCAAGCUGUUCCCCACCCGUGGACAAAAGCGCCCAUCCGCGCCCGUCGCAUUGCCCUGGGUGACCUUCCUUGGAUGCGGAGUCCGCGCCAGAGUGCAUCUUCCUUGGAUGCUCUGAAGGCGAGGGAUGCCCGGCUGCAUCCGCCCAAGGCUCUUCUUUGUUUGCGCGUAACCGGGAGAGGCCGCGGAGGUAGCCGGGACUCACGCGGAGGUGAAUCCACUUUCUUUCUCCCCGCCCUGCCGAGGAAGAUUGUCCGCAGGAUUCAUCCUUGCUUCAAGUUGGUCCUUGCUUCCCAGCUCCCAUGGGGACCACUGAAGCCACGCUCCGGAUGGAAAACGUGGACGUGAAGGAAGAAUGGCAGGACGAAACUCUGCCCAGGCCACUGUCGGAAGAGACGGGGAUGGACUUGCUUGGCAGUGCCACAGAAGACACAUCCUCCCCUCCCAACACUCUGAACUUCAACGCGGCUCAUCGUAAGCGGAAGACGCUGGUGGCCCCCGAGAUCAACAUCUCCCUGGACCAGAGCGAGGGCUCCCUGCUGUCCGAUGACUUCCUGGACACCCCCGAUGACCUGGAUAUCAACGUGGAUGACAUCGAGACCCCAGAUGAGACCGACUCCCUGGAAUUCCUGGGGAACGGCAAUGAAUUGGAGUGGGAAGAUGACACCCCCGUGGCCGCCGCCAAGAAUAUGCCUGGGGAUAGUGCAGACCUGUUUGGGGAUGGCUCGGCCGAGGACGGCAGUGCCGCCAACGGGCGUCUGUGGAGGACAGUGAUCAUUGGGGAACAGGAACACCGGAUCGACCUGCACAUGAUCCGGCCCUACAUGAGGGUGGUGACCCACGGAGGGUACUACGGGGAAGGUCUCAACGCCAUCAUCGUCUUUGCCGCCUGCUUCCUCCCAGACAGCAGCUCCCCCGACUACCACUACGUCAUGGAGAACCUCUUCCUGUACGUCAUCAGCAGUCUGGAACUCCUUGUGGCCGAGGAUUACAUGAUCGUGUACCUGAAUGGUGCCACGCCUCGGCGGAGGAUGCCCGGCAUCGGCUGGCUGAAGAAGUGUUACCAGAUGAUUGAUAGGAGAUUGCGGAAAAACCUGAAGUCCUUAAUCAUAGUCCACCCAUCCUGGUUCAUCCGCACCGUGCUGGCCAUCUCCCGCCCUUUCAUCAGCGUCAAGUUCAUCAACAAGAUCCAGUAUGUGCACAGCUUGGAAGAUCUGGAGCAGCUCAUCCCCAUGGAGCACGUGCAGAUCCCAGACUGCGUGCUACAGUACGAAGAGGAAAGGCUCAAGGCCAGGAGAGAAAGCGCAAGGCCGCAGCCAGAGUGCGUCCUGCCCAGGUCUGAAGAGAAGGCGGAGGCGGGGCUGGCGGAGGACAGGUCUGCUCUGGCCACAGAAGAUCAGGAAACAAGCAUGUCCUGAGGUGACGUGAGCACAGAGGAGGACACAAAAGAAGAUCCCAGAUGCCAGGAAACCUCUGUCGGACGCCCUCUGACCCUGGAUCUUGUCCCCACCUCAUCCUGAGUCACAGUCUCCAGGGGGUGUCCGUCUCCUCCAUCCAUGUCUGAAACCCAACAUCCUUUCCAGCUGCUUGAAAACUUUUUUUUUUAAUGAUGCAGUAUUAGUGCGUUCUGGAAAAGGACCCAGUUCUCCACCCUCCCACACUCAUGAGCUCAUGGCCAAGAAGAGCAAGAAGCGUUGAGCAUGGCCUGUGCGUCCUUGGUGGCCUCAGAGACCCCCCCCCACCACCACCACACCACUGCACAGAAUCCUGGUCAGGACCCUUCUCUUGCUUGUCACCUGGUUCAGGUUGGAGCCACAGAUGCCCAUCGACUCCCUGGCCGGGUCUGGAUUCCUUCUUGUGCCUUUCCUGCCAGAACGGCCCCCACAGCCCUGGGCAUCUGGCCUGGAAACUCAACCCCCACCCCCAGCAGCGCCGUGCCCCCCGGGCACUGCCCAGCCUUUGAACUCACAGCUUUUCCUUUGAACAGCCCUCCCCUUGCCUCUUAUAACUUCCACCUUCUUAGGGAGCAUCGGAGCCCACAGCGCCAGUGAGGGCUGCUGAUAAUCAUCCUUGUUCUACAGUUGUGAACCUACAUCCCCCUCAAUCUAGAACAUUCUCAAGCCCCUUGAACGCAGAGGCCACGCCACAGGGCAAUCCCGAUCAAUACCUCCUACCGAGGGAAUGAGCCUCCCCACUUCCCUAAUUUCCCCGACAACAUGGGGUUGGGAUGCGCCCCCUUGGGCUCCCACCAGGAACAGAGGCCGAGAAACCAGUGCUGAAAUAAGCUCAUCUCAGAAACGCAGAUUGAGAAAAAGGAAGAUACAGGGUACUGAACGUUCGAGUGUUACAAAGGUCACUGGGGAGAAUUAAAACCAGCGGCCUGGAUGCUACGACCACCUGCAUUCAAAGGAAGCAGAUAUCCUUAGGACAAAAAAACCCAUUUUUCUAAUGCGGUUGAAACACCAGUCAGCUCGGAGCUAAAGGGAGUGAGUUCCCCAUCUCUAGAGGCAUUCAAGAAAAGGCUGGACGGUACUUGCACAAAGUGGCCCUCUGCGGUCCCCUCCAACCCUGAGAGUCUCUGUUUCUAUGAAUCUGAGCAAAAGUCGAGCAGGUGCAUCAUCCGGCCCCUCUUGCUGGCUCUGUAGCUGGCUUCUUAGCGGGUGUCAUCCAGGUUUGGUUGACCCUCCCUCCCCCAUUAAUUUCCCAGUAGGAGAUUCUUGGUCUCAAAGGAGAUGUUGAAUGCUUCUCCACCUGGGAUAUCAACGGGGUGCGUUUGGGGUUAUCCCAAUGGCAGGAGGGAGCCAGUGGCGUUCAGUGCUGAGCGAAAGGGACAGCAGUGCUUCCUGCAUGUCAAGGAAUUGUCCCACCCCAAAUGCCAGUGGCUCCUGCCUUGGAAAAUUCGGGGUUUCUAAGCAGCCUUGGACCUGCAUCUUCUGGAACCCAGCACUGCUCCGGUGAGGCCAGGGCAUUUGGGCGUCUGGUGGGGUUUUUUAAUUUGUGUUUCUGCUCUGUUUCCCAAAUGUCUAAUAAAGGACCGGGACCAUGUUCCAGGCACAGAUGAGUUACCUGGAGGCUGAGGCAGGAGAGGCUGGUGGAUGGGCCUCUGCAGGCUGCCCUCCGAAAGGCCACUCCAUCCUGGGCCAGCUUGUCCCCCACCCCUGCCCAGAGCGCCUCCUUUUCUAAAAGGUGCCUGGGCAUCUGCCAGGUCACCUCGAACUCCAGGUUCAGGUGGCUGGCUCUGCUCAGCUGAGAGGGACACGUGACCCGCGAGGCCCGCAAGUCCACAGUAGAUGCAAUAACUCCUGGAAAGCCAGUGUUCCACUGGAAGAGAAAAAGGAGCCCGGGACAGGAACAGAUGCAUUCCAUCUAACCCGACAAUUACUGAGCGGCUGCAGAGGCGACAGAAGGACGAAAGAGGCAGACCCAUCCCGCCCUCAAGGAGCCUGCAGCAUAACAAGAAAUUCCAGCACGGACCCCCUGGUUCACCGUGGCCCACCGACCACCCCCUCCGGACCACCAGCAGCCAUAGACAACGGGCAAGUGGAACCAAGGACCCCAACCCAACCUCAAAGCCCCUCCAGAAUAGAGAGAGACCCCCGGGGUGGCUGUCUCCAGGUCGGCCACCUGUCCACAGGUGUGUGAAGUUCUGAGGCACAGCUCCGUCCAUACGGGGCCACUGUGUCCUCGGUAGCACCUAGGGCUGCUACCCACACCCUCUGAAAUUGGCUUUGAGAAAGAUUUGUAUCUGCGGGGCAGUUUUUGGCUGAAAUGCAACGGAUGUCGAGCCCUCCUUGUAAAGGAACAUUGAGUUUUCCUCUUGUGACACAUGGGAUGCAUCAUAAGUCCCUCCCCCAAGUCGUAGUUCACACACCCAUCCUUCCGACGACGGCGCGAGUUUUGUGGUUUUUAAAAACAAAAACAAUUCAUUCUGAUUACUGUCGUGAUAUGAAGGCAUCAUUUCCAUGAGCUUUGGGGGAUUUUUAUGUGAAAUAAAUAAACUAUCACUGAGAAGG